GGAGCUAUUUGAAGCACUUUGGUACAUUGCACCACAUCCACAUGCACAUGCACAGAGACUGAGCCUGAGCCUGAGCUGGAGUGCGAGAUUGAGCCAUUGGGGCUGUCAAGCGUGGAGUAUAAAAACGCUGAGGACUACCCAGAUGAAUUACAACGAUCUCGAUCAGCGUCGUGUGCGUACACAGUUCUUCAGCUCAAAUUCGUAUUCAAAUGAUGGCAAAACUCAGCUAUUUGGUUUGCCUUUGCCUGGCGCUGUUCAGCGCCGUCUGCGCAAUUGAGCUGCAGCCGGAGCCGGACUAUGGCCCGGUGGCAUAUGAGUUCCACUGGUCCGUCCAUGAUCCGCACACGGGCGACAUCAAGAGCCAGAAGGAGCAACGCAAGGACGACAAGGUCGUCGGCCAGUACACGCUGAUCGAUGCCGAUGGCUAUUUGCGCACCGUGGACUACUCCUCGGAUGACCACAACGGCUUCAAUGCCAUUGUCCGCCGUGAGCCCACGGACAUCAAGAUACCGCAGCCUGCGCUCGAGCCCAAGAAGCUGAUUGCCACCAAGAUACUGGCGCCCCUUUCGCCUCUGGUCCACUAUGCACCCAAGGCCCUUCUGAAGGGCCCGGAACCCUCGGAGGGCAAUUAUGUAUCUGUGUCGGGACCCACGGGCCAGUACAAAUACUAGAAACAACUCCUAACCAACAGAUCAUAUUUCGACUCCAUCUCCAAUUCAUGAACUGCACGAUCCUUCAAGGAAUCUCUGCUGAAAUCUCAAUUGUGCUAACCACUUACAAGUGCGUGUCUGGCAUUCAUUAUAUACCAUACAUAUUUAAGUUAUAUACAUACAUUAUUCUGUACAUCAAUCAAUCAACACACAUUUUCUAGAUGCAUCGUACAUACAUACCAUACAUAAAUAUAUACUAUAUUGAAUCUGUUCUCUAGAAGAGCACAAAA